CGUUACCUGAAAAACGAGAGAUUGAAGUCGGAUGGGAAUAAAUCUUCUCUAGUUUCCUACCUUGCAAACUACACUUCUUCUCUCUCUAAAGGAGACAUCAAUCUCUCCCCUAGAAGACAAAAGUACACUCAACUCCCAAAACUAAAAUAAAAUUACACUGAAACCCUUCUCUUUUCCUUUCUCCACACCAUGCAUUUCAACAAAUAGAAAUCACUCAAUUCAAGGAAAAAAAGAAGAAGAAAGAAAUCCCCCCCCCAAAAAAUCUUGAGAAGGAAGGAGUGGUGGGCCAUGGAUUUUCCAGGAGGGACUCGCUGCAAACUGGUGGGCGAUUAUAUACUUGAGCGCAGAAUCGGGUCGGGCUCUUUCGCGACUGUGUGGUUGUCCCGGCAUCGGUGCAACGGCGUCGAGGUGGCGAUCAAGGAGAUCGACAAGAAGCAGCUGAGCAGAAACGUGAACGAAAGCCUAGUCAAGGAGAUUAUAAUCCUUCAGCGAAUCCAGCAUCCGAACAUUAUACGCCUCCACGAAGCUAUCCAGACUGCAGAUAAAAUAUACCUUGUCUUGGAGUACUGUAUUGGUGGUGAUCUUGCUGCUUAUAUUGAACGUUUUGGAAGAGUUUCAGAGGCCAUUGCUAGACAUUUUAUGAGGCAAUUGGCUUCAGGAUUGCAAGUUCUCCGUGAAACCAAUCUCAUACACAGAGAUCUAAAACCACAGAAUCUUCUAUUGUCAAGUAAGGAUGAAACUCCAAUUUUGAAGAUCGGAGAUUUUGGUUUUGCAAGGUACCUAACACCUCAAGGGUUAGCUGAGACUUUAUGUGGUUCACCAUUAUACAUGGCUCCAGAGAUCAUUCAGAACCAAAAAUAUGAUGCGAAGGCUGACUUAUGGAGUGUGGGAGCAAUUCUGUUCCAGCUGGUCACAGGGAAGCCACCCUUUGAAGGAAAUUGCCAAUACCAGCUUUUCCACAAUAUUUUGGCAUCUAAUGAGCCACAGUUUCCACAAGGUGUUUUGGAAGAACUGCAUCCUGAUUGUAUAGAUCUCUGUAGAAGCCUUUUGCGGCGUAAUCCAGUUGAGCGACUGACGUUCGAGGAGUUCUUCAAUCACAAGUUCAUGGUUGAGCCGCCAAGGCCGACAAUGGGUGCUGGAGAUAACUCCCCCCUUCAAGAAAGAGGAACUCUGAUUGAGCAGGAAGAGGAGCUAACAGAUGACAAAUUAUCUUUGAUCUCUGAGAAGGGGCCUCACAUGCAUUCUGGGAGCAUGCUAUAUUCAUCUGUGCAUGAUGAAAGCAUUAUAUCACAGAAGAAACAAUUGCUUAGAAAAGAAUCAUCGCCUGUGGCUACAGGAGAUGCUCAUGAGUGUAGUUUAAAUGCUACAGUUGAUAGCCUAAGAAAAUCUGUAGAUGGUCAUCUAUCCAGUUCAUCAGAUCAAGGGAGCAUGGAGAUGGGAAAUGUGGACCGCGGGCUUUCAAGCAUAAGCACAACAAAAGUUGCUGACUCACUGGAGCUCAUUGAACGCGAUUAUGUUCUUGUUCCUUCUAAUUUUACUUCAGUGGAGACGCUCACUUCUUCGCUUGAGGCAUCUGUGCAAGAAACUUCUGCAACCAGAAUUUCUAAUUGUCCAAAAAAGACAACUGUCAAGGGCAUAGCUGAUCCAGUGCGAAUAGGGGAGCCGGCUGUUAGUUCUGUUGGUGGUGCAGAAAAUUUGGGUUGCCAUGGGUCUGCUCCAUUAGCAGCAUCACGAGCAUCUACUGAGUUGGUGGAUGUUCAACGACAAUCAUCCUUGCAUCCUUCAACUAGGCUUCGAUUUUUACAUCAGUAUGUCCAUUCUCUUUCUGAACUAGCGCAGGAAAAGCUGAAUGCACAAUUGCAUCUUGAGUCAUUUUCAAUUGAACUGGUAGCUUUAGCUGUAUGGAAGGAGGCUUAUCGUGUGUGCAGUUCUUGGGUAGCUUCCAGUAUUGAGGGUGGAUCCCUUGAGAGUUCUUCAGCGAAAGAAUGUCCACCUGAUCACGAAGGUUCCUGUUCAUCUCUAAAUUUGGCCGAGGAUGUCGAUUUCAGGAGUCCUGCAUCCAUUUGCUCAUGGGUGAAGAAAGGAUUUAUUGACACUUAUAAUCGAGCAGACAAGAUAUCUAGUUUUAUCCAGAAUAUGAAUGGUAGUGCUGAGAUGCCAGAUGCGAUGGAUAUUGUGUACCAGACAGCACUAGCAGCCGGUAAAAGUGGCGCUGUGGAUGAGCUUAUGGAAAACAGGAGCAGUGCAGCAGCAUCAUACUCAAAAGCAACAACUCUGCUGUCAUUUAUCUUGACAGAAGCAACAUCACUACCUCUGAAUCCACCAUUUUCUCUGUCCGUUUCUGAUCAGCAGCGAAUCCACGGAUUCAUUACCAGGUUGAAAGCUCAUCAAAGCCAGUCAGAAGUGAGACCACCCCAAUCUCCCAAGCAAACUAAAGGCUAUCUUAGCAAGUAAAUAUGAUUUGACUCAUGGGUAUUCCUCCAAGGCAGCACAGGUACAAGCUGGGUGGAUUGCUUUGAAUCAACACAAGCAGUCCAUAUUUUUUUUUGUUACGGUUGAUGCUUGUGUUCAAAUUUUCAAACUGGGAGAUGACUGGUGAUUACCAAAAAGACAGCUAAUUGCAGUAUAUAACACCUCUAGAGACUGUCCAGUCUCUCUGCUAAAAUGGGCAGGGUGCCUGGAAUUUGCAUAGAGAACUCUUUUUUUUUUUUUUUUUAAUGUAUAGAAUGCAAUGUAAAUAAAUGUCUAUUCUUUAAUUACACAAGGUUGUAAAAUCGUGUACAUACCUGUUUAUAGCAUUUUCAUACAGGCCUUUUAGUUCCCAUUUGAACUUUGAAUUUGAAAUCAACACAGCAACUGAGAACAGAUUAUAAUUACUGAAUA